AUGAGUAAAGGCGGCAAUGAUAUCUUUCCAGUCUUUCCAACUGCUAUGCACAAGCAGAUAAUGAAAUCGAAAUUGAGUAUUGCUCAAAAAGGGCAUGAUAUUUUAAAAAGAAAAUCAGAAGUCUUGGAAAUGAGAUUUAGAAAGGUUGGCAAAGAAAUAAUCAAAAUCAAGCGCCUCAUGGGCGAUAUCUUCAAAGAGGCUUCCUUCCUUCUUGCUGAGGCUAGAUUCAUCAUUGGAGAUUUCAACCAGUUGGUCUUAAAUGCCGUCAGCAAAGCCAGAUUGAAGGUCAAACACAGGACUGAAAAUGUUGCUGGCGUCAGUCUUCAAAUCUUCGAGUUCUACGUUGAAGGUGGAGACACACAUGACUUGACUGGGCUGGCCAAAGGUGGAGCCAAAUUGAUGUCCAUUAAACAGACCUACACCAAUGCAGUAGAGAUUCUUGUGGAGUUGGCCACUCUUCAGACAACUUUCGUGAUGCUGGAUGAUGUCAUCAAAAGCCUUAACAGAAGAGUGAACUCUCUGGAGCAGAUGCACAUACCGAAGGUCGAGAGAACCAUUCGUUAUAUCGAGACUGAGAUGGACGAAAGAGAGAGGCAGGAUUUCUUUAGAAUGAAAAAAAUCCAGGGAAUAAAGAAGAAGGAUAUGGAUAGAAAAGAAAAGCAAAAGAGAGAAUUCGACGCAACAAAAUCUGAGCAAAAGUAA